CCGCCAUUUCGUGGACGCCGCUGGAGUGAGAGCAUCUGUGGAAGCAGUGCCAGAGGGAAGCGGGUGGGCCUGUCGGAGCGUUAGGAUUUGAGCUUGGGCCUUUUGAAUCCAGGAUCUCGAAAUGCAUCGUGAUUCCUGUCCCUUGGACUGUAAGGUUUAUGUAGGUAAUCUUGGAAACAAUGGGAACAAGACUGAAUUAGAACGGGCUUUUGGCUCUUAUGGACCACUCCGAAGUGUGUGGGUUGCUCGAAACCCUCCUGGCUUUGCUUUCGUCGAAUUUGAGGAUCCCCGAGAUGCUGCUGAUGCUGUCCGAGAGCUAGAUGGAAGAACACUAUGUGGCUGCCGUGUAAGAGUGGAACUGUCGAAUGGUGAAAAGAGAAGUCGGAAUCGUGGCCCGCCUCCCUCUUGGGGUCGUCGUCCUCGAGAUGAUUACCGCAGGAGGAGUCCUCCACCUCGGCGCAGAUCCCCAAGAAGGAGAAGCUUUUCGCGAAGCCGGAGCAGGUCUCUUUCUAGAGAUAGGAGAAGAGAAAGGUCUCUGUCUCGUGAGAGAAAUCACAAGCCGUCUCGAUCCUUCUCUAGGUCUCGUAGCCGAUCUAGGUCAAAUGAAAGGAAAUAGAAGACCAGUUGGCAAAAGUGGUGUACAGGAAAUAACUUCAUUUGACAGGAAUAUGUACAGGAAAUUAAAGUUUUGUUUGAGACUUCAUAAGCUUGGUGCAUUUUUAAGAUGUUUUAGCUGUUCGAAUUUGUUUUGUCUCUUGGAACAGUGACACACAAAACGAUGUAAUUCUCUAUGGUUUCAAAUGGAUCAUAUGAGGCAUGUGAUAUCAAGAAUUGUUACUUUACAAUGUUCCCUUAAGCGAGAUUGAAUUUUCUUUGAAUUUUAGUUUUUCAUAGACUGAAAUAAACCUAGAUCCUGCCCAGUUUGAAGUGAUGUACUGAUGACGUCAAGCACCUAGCGGAAAUGGACUAAAGCUGUAGUUCCCCUAGUGGCUGAGACACAGUGUGGCACUGUGGGUGAAAUGGUGAGCAGCCUUUAAAAGCUGCUGCGAACACAACCAACAGAUAAAGGGUAGGAACCACACUCUGAAGGUUUUCACAGUGGUUCCUUCCUGGUUGCUGUAUGGGGAUGCAGAGCUGUCUAAAGUCUUUAUUUGGAAAUGUAAAACUAAGAUACCAGUGUCCUAUCAGUUUAAGGGUACAUUGUAGAGCUGAACUCAGUUACUGUGCAAGAUUUUUUUUCAUGCUGUCAUUUGUAAUAUGUUUGUGAGAAUCCUUGGGAUUAAAGUUUUGGUUACAAAUUGUUGUUUAACUUGAAAGCCUGUUUUUCCUUGCACACUCAAAAUCUGUGAGCUUGGUAUCAAGUCCAGGUAUAACAUUCCUAUUGGAAGCCAUACUUAUAUUUUCUUGUAAAGUGCUUUUGAAUUAAUAAAAUACUAGCAUAAUUGUGUAGUAAGCAGUCAGCUGAGUGAACCCCCAUUGCUCUUAUCCCUGGAAAGCAGUUGGUUACCCAGUUCGUUCUUUGUAAGAAACAACUGAGAAGGCACUGCAUUAGCGAAGGAAUUUCCCCCCUUUGCUUGUCACCUACGAGAGCCAUGUUUUGGGUGUGGAAGUCAGUUCAGGAUCAUGGCAGUUAGUGACUAACAUUUUAUAACGUAAGCACCAAUCUAUGACACACUGUAAAUCCUUUAAGUUGCCCUUAAAGAGUGGCUUUGAUCUUCAGCAUGAAGACAUUCAACAAAAUUUUAUUAUAACUUGAGGUGUUGCAUGGGAUUCCAGAUCCAUCAUGAUGUAAAAUCCACACUGGUUAAUUGUGAUGAUGCACAGUUGAAUAUGGAGGCAUGCAAACCCUUUCUCUUAGAAAUCUGGAGGAGCUGUGGUUCCAGGGGGUUUUUUGUGUGCAAUUAGAUUAAAUCAUAAUGCAACAGUCUCGUGGCUUAAGUUUCCUUAAAUGUGUUCUUUUGAGAUAGUUUUUUGGAUUCCACUGUACUGACUUUGUCUUUGUAAGAUGCCAUUGCACGAAGUUCAAUCUGUAAGCUUAUAAAUCCCCCAAAAUUUGUUAUCUUUAAACAAUAAAUUUCAGUAAGAAAGGAGAGAAUUGUGUUCAGAAGGUUCCAACAUGAGCCUUUGAAAGAGGUACCCAUCUUCAAAGAAGAUACUUUAGAUUCCCCGUUAAUUGUUAGGAGUGCGCUUUAUCCUUCAGGGUAGGGUUGGAGUCAAGCCUGCUCCUUGAAAUUGUAGGUCACAUUAGCUACUCGUGAUCAUUUUCUGAGUGUCAUACUAAGUUAGGGUGACUGCAGGUGUUUCCUGGAGGUCAUUAUUAGUGACUGAGAAAGGCACCUGAGAUUGGGAUUCUCUGUUCAUUGUGGGUCACCUCAGAGGUACAUACUUUACAGCAAGGUGUAGGUGCCCGCCCUUUACCAUUCAGGCUCCUUAAGUGUCAUGGUGGCAUCUCCAUCCUGUAUUGGACCAUGGGCACUGACUGAGGCAUGAAGCUGAACAGGAGAUCUUAGUACUUUCUUUGACUCUCAGCCUCACUCUGGCAUGUUGCUGCGUAAUUAGAAAUGAUGUUGCUUAUAGAAAUCUAAGGUGCUGCGUGUGCCUGAUUCUAGACCUGUCAACAGUGGAGAGUAUAUAGUCUCCCCAGUCACUGCGUUAGUGCCUUGUCUUAAAUGGGCUUUGCCUUUCUUAGUCCAGUUGGGACUUCGAUACCAGACAAGUCAUCUCUUCCAGUGUAUAUUUUUUGUACUGCCAGACUGUUGCCUUCUGGUUUUCUUUUGGGGGAGGGACAAAAAAGGUUUUUAUUAAAGACACUGACUUUAA